GAGGAGCGAGGCUGCCAUCUCACAGAUGCUGCAGAAAAUACAGCUCUCCAGAAAUACCGAAAGGCGGCUAAGUUUUGUUCAGAAUGCGUGCGUAAACCACCAUUAGUGAAGAAAUCCAACCUUCUGAUAUAAGCUUAGCUAUUUUUGUUUUAUUCCUGGAGAGCUUAAUACGCUUGGUUUCCAACAUGAUCGCCAGAGGACUUUUCGUUCUGACUGUUUUGUCCAACUGCGUUCUGUCAUUGCCAAUGACUUCAAGUCAGCUGGAGAAUGAGGACGUAGAGGUGAUGAAAUGCAUUGUGGAGGCCUUGGCUGAUGUGCUUUCGAGACCACACCAUGUGCCUGUCACUCAGGAGUGUUUGGUCACUUUGAAGACAGAUGACAGGCUCGUUACCAUCCUUCGUCAUCAUAACUUUCUGAAGGAGCUGCAGGAGAUCGCACUCCAAGGUGGUCGAGAAGGAGCUCAGCUGCAGAGAGAUGCCGAUGCACCAACCCCGGCAACACAGGUUCUUCACACUGCAGCGGAUGUCGCUGAUCGAUCCAUGUUGGAUGCUUUGGGAGGCCCCGGUGAAAGAUCCAUCCUUUCCCAGAGGAAGAGGACAGGAAAAGCAGAUGGAAGAGAAGAGGAUGAUGAGAGCGCAGGUGACAGCAGAGCAGAAGACGUGCAAGUGAAGAGGGGAAAGUACAAGAGCCGGGGCCAAGUGGAAAAAAGCGAGGGGGAGGCAGAAAGAGAGGAAUACAAUGAGAAACGAGGAAGCUCGGAGGAGAAGUCGGAGCGGGAGAACGAGACCAAAGAUAAGAAAGGUGAUGGUUCGGACGAAAAGAGAGACGCUUCCAGAGGCAGACCAAAAGGGAGAAAGUUUGAGGAAGAAGACAAAGAGGAAAAGGAUAAAAGGUCAACUCUUUUCUCACAAGAACACAGCAGCGAAAAAGCGGUAGAGGAGAAGGACGGGGCGAAAAGAGGGAGCGGUGGGACCAUAAAGCGCUGGACCAAGAGGGCCAAGCCUCUGCAGGUGAAGAAGAAAAUGGUCGAAGAUGCGUCGCAGCUGCACAGCGGCCAGAAGGAGGUGCCUCAUCAUUCGAAAGAGCUCUUGGAGGAAGAUGAGGAGGAAAAGAAGAAAAGAGACCCUCAGAGGAGUCCUGAGGAGAAGGAGCUGCAGAUGAUUGCUCGUAGGUCACCAGAAGUGACGAGGGGGAUGGAGGAAGAAGGGAGUGCCAGCAGAAAGUCAGAGGAGCCUGAGAUUGAAAGCCUCGCGGCCAUUGAGUCGGAGCUGGAAAAUGUCGCCCAGAAACUCCACGAGCUGCGGCGAGGCUGAGAGAGAAAAGAUUCGCCGACACAAGUUUGACACGUCAGUCUUCUUGCCUCCUCGUCCCUUCUCUGCUUCACCAGAUGCCCAGUCUCCACAAAUAGAUUGUGUGAAUGUGUGACAAGGUUGUUGUUUUUCUUAGUUUUUUUGAAUCCCUUGCUAUUUUUCUCGGAGGUGGUCACACUGCUGCAGCCUCUCUAGUGACAUUCUGUCCUUCACAUAGAGUAGCAUACAGUAGAUUGCAGUUAGAUGAACAUACUAACAUGAGUAAUGUAAAUACACAAGUUGCUGUGCAUUCACAUGUGCACAGAACACUGCAAACUCACAGGUGAAUGACUUAGGAAAAAUAUUUGUUCUCUGACAAUCAUCUCUUUGUUUUUGCACAUGUAACCUGUUUGCUUUUCAGAUUCGUUUAACACGGAACAUUGAUUAGUGUGAAAAGUUGAAGUUGUACAGUAACGGCAUGUAUACAUGUACAAAGUUCUUUCUGGAAUCCUCCUACACGUAAAAAUCCAAUCUAUAAGAAGACUAAUCAAAGAAAAGGCAAUAAGUGACCAUUUUUAGAAGAUAAUUGACUCGAUUGUAAUCUAAAACUGUACCGAAUUUAUGUAAUAAAAUAAACAUGUUGAAUCUGGAAAAAA